UUUCAGUUAAGGGAGGAAGAAGCGUGUCGCUCCUCUUUUCCUAUCUAUUCCUCUAUGGGCUAAAGCCCUUUUUGUCAUAGAGACCAAAAAAAAAAAAAGGCAAGCGUCACACACAUCCUAAAGUUCCGGUUUAUAUUUGACUGCCGUUACAUGCGGCGCCGAAGCAUUAUUAAAAUCAAGGGAACUACGCGACCGCCCGAUAGCUAGAGACACCUUUCCAUCCCCUUGCACUGGAUCAAUUUAGAAUCGAAAGAGUCUGUAAAGCUUCAUAGGGUCUGUGACGUUCGAUACGUUUUUGCAGACUUAAAAUGAUGAGACUAACGUUAGGGUAGGUUACGUGGCUACAGAUUUUUAGAGUUGGCGUUAGAAAGAAAACGGAUUCCUCUCUCUGGAGGCAUCUUUUGUUUCAUGGCAUAGACAAGACAGUGCCUAAAUUAUCACAGCUGCUGCCUUUUCCCAUCGAUUUCUGUAGGAACCCCUCACUUGAGCACGGGGAGGGCAUUUAAAAAUGGCUCCUGCAGUAAGAGCCAGCAAAUGCCCUGUAGAAUUAAUGGGAUUCCUCACUCUGCCCAUUUUAUAACUCUGUGGUGUUUUGUGAAGGAACUGAGCCCUUGCUUUUCUAACUCUAUGCUUAAGCACAAGGAAAACGAAUCUUAAACCACGGCGGCGGAUCUGACGCUACCACUACGAAAUACACAAUCGCCUUACUUCCGGUGCACAUGUUUGAUCGGCUCAUGUGGAGGCGGUAAGAUAGUCAUCGGAGAUGGAGGCGCUGGACCGAGUGGUAAAGCCUAAAACGAAGAGGGCCAAAAGGUUUCUUGAGAAGAGAGAAGCAAAGCUCACAGAAAAUACAAAGAAUGCUAUGCUAAUAAAAGGUGGCAAUGCAAGUUCAACAGUAACUGAAGCACUUAAAGACAUUUAUGCCUUGAAAAAGCCCUUUGCUGUACUAUAUAAAAAAAAAAAUAUUACAAGACCCUUUGAAGAUCAAACAUCCCUGGAAUUUUUUUCCAAGAAAUCAGACUCUUCUUUGUUCCUGUUUGGAUCACAUAAUAAAAAGAGGCCUAAUAAUCUGAUAAUAGGUCGCAUGUAUGACUAUCAUGUCCUAGAUAUGGUUGAACUGGGCAUUGAGAAGUUUGUAGCUCUUGGAGAUAUCAAGAACAGCAAGUGCCCUGAAGGAACAAAACCCAUGUUGAUAUUUGCGGGGGAUGCAUUUGACAUAAAUGAAGAACACAGAAGAUUAAAGAGCCUUCUAAUUGAUUUCUUCAGAGGUCCCACUGUGCCCAAUGUUCGCCUGGCAGGUUUAGAACAUGUUCUUCAUUUCACAGCUGUGGAUGAAAAGAUCUAUAUGAGGAGUUACAAGGUAUUAUUGAAAAAAUCUGGUUGCAAAAUUCCGAGAAUUGAACUUGAAGAUAUGGGACCCUCACUAGAUUUGGUGAUGAGGAGGACUCAUUUGGCUUCAGAUGACCUUUACAAGUUAUCUCUAAAGCAGCCAAAAGCUCUUAAGCCAAAGAAGAAGAAAAAUAUCUCCCACGAUGUAUUUGGUACAAAAUAUGGAAGGAUCCACAUGCAGAAGCAGGAUCUGGAUAAACUGCAGACUAGGAAAAUGAAAGGCUUAAAGAAAAGGCCAGCUGAAAAGAAGGCUAAAACUGGACACAUUCCAAAAAAGGCAAAGUUGGAUGAUAGGUUGGAGCAGGAUUGAUCAUUCGAUUUGGCUGCUGUGUGAUUUCUUUUUAUUCUCCAAAUUCUUAACUCUUAAAAUGCCAUAUACUCCUGAAAUGUAUAUUUAAUUAAUUUUCAAGAAAACUGGACUUUUUCUUUUCUAAGCAGAAUAUGUGUCUUAAAGAGAUUUAAUGUGUACUACUUAACCAGUUUGGGGGCAAGUAUUUUCUGGUUACCACUUGGAAUUCAUACUACUUUUAUGACUUCUGACCAUUCUUCCACUUCUUCAUUGGCAUGUGCACAUGUGCGUUUUCUCUCUCUCUCCUUGUGCUUUCUAGAAUCUGACAUCUUGUUCUAAUAAAUAAAAAUUUAAAAACCACACCUCAAAACAGUAUUGUAAGGGAUAGGAAUUAAAAAUAUACUCUGUGCUUUGGAUAUUUUUAAAAAUAAACUUAUAAGCUAUC